CCAUCCCCCUUCCUCGCCCCCUUCUCCCCGCGCCAACAUGUCACAGAAUAUCCCCGACUACUACACGCUCCUCAACAUCCCCACAACCGCCACGCCCACCGAGAUCCGCAAUGCAUACAAGCGUCAGUCGCUCCUUUCCCACCCGGAUCGCUUCCCCAAAGCCAGCCCUGCAGAGCGGGAACGACUGACAAAGAAGUUCCAGUCCCUGGCCGAUGCGUACUAUGUGUUGUCAGAUGAAGGGAGGAGGAGGGAAUACGACGCCCUGAGGGCUUCGCAUGGCCCCUUCAGGAGCUUCGACGGAGAGGGCAUGGAGGGUAUGGAGCAGCAGAGCUCUGCUGACUUCUUUGCAAACUUCUUCAAGGGCUUCGCCGGGGCUGCGGGCGCCGCUGGAGGAAGUGAGAAGAGGCCAGAGUCUAGCCACGGUGAUGAAGAUGAAUUCGAGGAGAGGACCGAGGCGGGUCAGCCACAGGCCAACGGAGUCUUUGGGAAUGUCUUCGAGGAGAUGCUCAGACCAGAAGUGCACAGGGUGGCACCGAUUUGGAAGUGGGUCGGAGGCGCCUCUGGUGGAGCGUUGGGGUUCAUCAUCGCCAACAUCCCAGGUGCGAUGGGCGGCGCCCUCCUUGGGUCACGCCUCGGAGCUAUCAAAGAUGCCAAAGGACGCAGUGUAGCUGCCGUGUUCAUGGACUUGAAUCAGGGACAGAGGGCAGAGGUGCUCAAGGCAUUGGCCACAAAAGUGUUGGGCUCGAUCGGAUAGAGGCGAGGAGGUAAAGAGGAUGAAGAUCCUACACGACCGAAGGAACAGUCGAACCGAUACCAUGCUUUCCAGUCUCUAGUGUAAUGGCAAUGCUGAUUAUCCAUCGUUACCACGCCGCACCGCGCCUGGGUAUCAAGCUGCUACGGCCCACCGCGUCCGUCCAGUCUCGCAAGCAUCUGUCCCCCCACAUUGGGCGGCAGUCGUCCAAGCAACGCCCGCAGUCUCGUCUUGUCCCCCUUUUCUGCCUGUCCUCCCGCACCUCCACUGCCUGGUAGCGGGCUCGCCCUCUCAAC